UACACUGCCCCAAGCCCCCCAAACGAAAAUGCCAAAAAUCGAAGUUUUUGGAAUCUUCAGAAUCGGUCUGCCAGAGCGGAAAUUCCGAACGCGACGAAAUUCCGAGCGCGACGAUAAUUACCAGCCAAUGGCAGCAUUCUCGGGGUGGGCAUGAAUUUUAAUUUCGGCCGUCAUUUUCAUUUUCGACUGGCAUGUUCAUCCCGCCCAAGAAGAUCGCACUGGGCACAGUGAGCAGCUGUGAGCUGAUUUGAGCAAAUUGGCAACUAUUGGUUGACGUUUUUGAAUUUUGAUAUUGGUUUCGAAUAAUUUAUUAGAAAUCGGAUAUUAUUAUUAAUGUCUUUCACCAUUGGUUCAGUGAAUUGUGAACUGUUAAACGUCGUGGUUCGUUAUGAAAUCCUCAAACGAUUACGACAAAAACCAGCGAUUCAGUGACGAUCGUGCGAUGGGCGACCGAUCAUUUGGGAAUAACGUGUAUGGCGACAAUGAUCGUUCUGGACUCGCGUACUCGAAUCCGAUUGAUUUGAGCGAAACAAGUCCCCGAAGAGGAUUUCCGGGUGCAUCUGGAGGACAGUACCAGCAGUACGAUAAACAGCAACCCAAUGCGCCAAACUGGUCGUAUGGCGGCGGUUCUCCGCCUGAUCAGGAGCGAACCCAAUUUUCCAACUAUGGCGCGGAGCCAGAUUCCAAUUAUAAAAUGACAGCGGAAGAAAAUGCCAUUUUGAAAGAAUGUGCCCGGGAAUCCACCAUAAAGCGAUCGCUGCCAUUUGCUGCGGUAUUUUCCGCACUUACCCAUCUCGCAGUGAAAAAGGGCUAUUUGUCAGCGCAUCCGAAAUAUGGAUCAAUGUUCAAGGUAUUUGCUUCCGGCUUUACUGGGUACCUGCUCGGGAAACUGAGCUAUUACAAAGAAUGCGAAGAUAAAUUUUUGAGCCUGCCCAACAGCCGCGUUGCCGAUGCCAUCCGUCGUCGGCGCCAGGGCAAAACCGGACUUCCACCGCCUCCGCAGCAGCCGUAUCCUGGUGGGAGCGGCGGAUACCGGCCAGUCCAGCCCACAACACCGCUGUAUGGCUACGACAAUCAGGGGCCGGCGCGAUCGGAACGGAGCAGCAUUUACAACGCUGAUGACCACGUGAGUAGCCUGGAUAUUGACUCCGAAAAGAACACCUACCAGGAAGGCAGGGACCCGGAAAUGUUAUCGGAGCGCUCAUUUGAUCAUGGCCGAGAGGAGGCUUCGCGUCCCAGCGCAAAUUACGAUGAUUUACGACGCCAGCAUCGAGAUGCCUACUUCCGCCCGCCCCAGCCCCAGCCUCGACCGGAUGACCGCAGCCGGCCUAGCGACGCUUAGUGCUUUUGGAAAUAAUGAAGAACAGAGAUGUGUUUCAAAUUCAAACUGCAUUUGUGCUUUAUUCGUAAUUUGGUUUUUGUGGUUGCUUUUAUACGAGUAACGAAGUAGGUAUGCACUCACUAUGCAGUAUGCUGUGGCUCUAAUUCUGUUUAGGUUUUAUGUGUUGGUGUAUGUCUCGGACGCCUUUACUUAUGUUAAAACAGUGCCAUUCAAAGUUUCCUUUGACAG